AUGACUUCGCUAAGUGAAUUGAUGAAGUUCGGAAAAGAACUAGGGUUAACGGGAGAAAACUUGCAAGAAUUCGUAAGAGAAGAGCAAAGCAAAGAGCGUGAAAGGUUCGAAUUAGAGCGUGAAGAAAGAGCGAAGGAAAGAGAAGCUAGAAAAGUGGAAUUGCAAAUGGAAACUAGAAUGAAAGAACUUGAACUAGAAAGACUAAGAUUACGAGUGCAAAGUGACGAGAGUGAGACGUAUGAAGUAAAAGCUGAUGUUUUUAAACCAGCACUUCCGAAACUGCCUGUGUUCAAUGAGGCUAAUGACAGUAUAGACGCGUAUAUACUCCGGUUCGAAAGACUAGCAACAAGCGCCGGAUGGAACCGAGACGUUUGGGCGGUCAGCUUAGCCUCCUUGUUGCAAGGGAAAGCGCUCGAGACGUAUCAGCAUCUCUCGCCAGUGGAAGCGCGCGACUUCGAGCGAGUGAAAGAAGCGCUGCUCAGGUGUUUCCAAUGCACGGCCGAGGGCUAUAGGCUAAGAUUCCGUAAUUCGAAAUUCCAUAAAAAUGAAACCGCUUCGCAAUUUGCCAACAGACUAAAGAACAAUUUAACAAGAUGGGUCGAACUUGCAGGUUGUGAACAAACCUAUGUUGAUGUAUUUGAUCUUAUGCUCACUGAACAAUUCUUGAAUACGUGCGAUAAAAGCAUGGUGCUAUUCUUAAAGGAGCAUGAUUUUAAAACAUUUAAUGAGAUGAUAAAAUUUGCAGAAUUGUAUAUGGAAGCGCAUGUAAAUUAUGGUAGGAAAGAUAGAGAGGGUCAUGAGAGGAACGCGACAGGUCAUGGAAGUGAGAGUGCAAGUAGCAGCUCUACGUCAGGAGUGAAUAGGGGCGAGGAAAGGAUGAAAGGCGGAGCGCGUGCUUGUUUCGUGUGUGGACGAGGUAAUCACCUUGCCAAGGAUUGCUAUAACAGGUUCGGAGGAUCAAAGUACAAAGAUUGUAAGAUAAUCAAAUCGAAUGUUGAAAAAGCGGCAAUGGCUAAUCAUGGUGAUAAGUUGAUGAUUGCAAGAGGUAAAGUGGAAGGUGUGAGAGUUGACGUGUUUCGUGAUCCUGGAUGUACGACAGUGCUAGUGAAAGAUAGUUUGGUGCCUAGAAGCAAGUUCACGGGUAGUAUGGUUGACAUAAGGAUGGCCAAUAAUAUGGUGUUUAAGUAUCCAGAGGCUUUUAUCUAUGUCGAUACUCCGUUCUUUACUGGUAAUUCAUUAGCUGCUUGUCUGCCAGAUCCUAUAUAUGAGUUGGUGAUCGGGGCGAUUGAGGGAUCGACUGAUGGAGGAAUGAAUGUGCAGGUGAGUGCGGUGACGACAAGAUUGCAGAAGAAAGAGGAAGAAAAGUGUGUUCGAGGUCAGUCAAAACUUAAAGUAAGAGAUGUUUUAAAAAAUCUACGAAACAAAGACAUAGGUAAACUGCAAAGGGAAGAUAAAACUCUUGAUAAAAUUCGUGAGCAUGCAGAGUCUAAGAAAGUAUUCAGUGGUAAGUCCGAGGGUGAGUCGCACAGUUUCGUGGUGAAGCGCGGCGCGUUAUACCGGCGCGUUCAAAAGGUGCAGCAGGUGACUGAGCAGUUGGUGGUGCCGGAGUCGUUUCGGGACGCGGUGAUCGGGCUGGCCCACGACUCUCUCAUGGGAGGGCAUCUCGGGAUAAAAAAGACCACAGCGCGGAUUCAAGCAACUUUUCUGGCGGGAAUGUGCGUAGAGAUAGCACGGUAUUGCAGGUCAUGUGACGUAUGUCAACGCACGGUCGACAAGGGACGUGUCAGCAGAGUCAAGAUGGGGAGAGUGCCGCUUAUUCAGGAGCCUUUUCAACGAGUCGCCGUGGAUAUAGUAGGUCCGAUAGAGCCUCGGGCGAAUGAUGGAUCGCGGUAUAUUCUUACAAUUGUUGAUUACGCGACGCGUUACCCGGAAGCGAUCGCUUUGAAAAAUAUUGACACGUGCACAGUUGCAGAAGCUUUACUUUCGGUUUUCAGUCGUGUUGGUAUCCCGAAAGAAGUAACGUCGGACAGGGGUAGCCAGUUUACAUCAGAUAUGAUGAAGGAAUUUAAUCGUUUGCUGUCUAUAAGCAGUCUAACAACCACACCGUACCAUGCGAUGAGUAAUGGUCUGGUUGAAAGGUUCAAUGGCGUUUUAAAAAAGAUGUUGAAGCGUAUGUGCCAAGAGCAACCGAAAAUGUGGCCACGAUUUAUAGAUCCGCUUCUAUUUUCGUAUCGCGAAGUUCCGCAAGCAAGCACGAAGUUUUCACCGUUUGAACUUGUCUACGGCCAUUCAGUGCGCGGGCCACUCGCCUUGUUACGCGAGCUGUGGGAGGGCGAUCGAGAGGCAAUCGAGGACGACACGCGGACCACAUACGAGUACGUGAUUAAUCUGAGGGAAAGGUUGCAAGAGACGUGUAAAUUAGCGCAGGAGGAAUUGGAAAAAGCUGGAGAUAGUUACCAGUACUAUUAUGACAAGCAUGCGCGCGAGAGGGAGGUGAAUGUCGGAGGUAAAAUGUUACUCCUACUUCCCACUAGUCAUAAUAAACUCCUUUUGCAGUGGCAAGGACCAUUCGAGGUCGUUAAGAAGGCCAACAGAUAUAACUACGUGUUGGAUGUAAAUGGUACAGAACGUAAGUACCAUAUCAACAUGAUCAAGCGUUAUCAUGAGCGGUUCGUCAAAGAAGGCGACAGUAAGCGUAGUAAAGAUGUGGAACGCAGCAAUGCAACAUGUGAUGUUCAUGUAAUGCGUGGCGUAAUCGGUGGUAAGAGUAACGUUGAUGAGAGUAGUGAACAAGAGAAUGAAGAUGAUUCAGUCCUUGCUUGUGUGGCAGUAGUUAGCGAAGAUCACGACGAGGGUGGCGAAUUAAUUACAGUCCCAAGCUAUGUACAGGAGGAAGACGCGAGUAACGUAAGAGUAAAUGAGGAAUUGAGCGCGGAACAGAAGCGCGAUGUGGCGAACGCGUUGUCGAAGUUUAGUGCGGUAUUCACGGAUGUCCCGGGAAGAACGGAUGUCAUUGCGCACACAAUUAAUUUGACUAGUAAUAGACCUGUAAAUACUAAACAAUAUCCUAUUCCUUAUGCACUGCAACGGAAUAUCGACGCUGAAGUAAGUCGGAUGCUCGAGCUAGGCGUAAUAGAGCCUUCAACCUCGCCUUACUCGAACCCGCUAAUUGCAGUAAAGAAAAAGGAUGGGAGUGAUCGCGUUUGUUUAGACAGUCGCAAGAUAAAUAAACUGACAGUAUUUGACUCGGAACCCAUGCCAGAUCAGGAUUUGAUAAUGACUCGUAUUAGCGGUAGUAAAUAUUUCACAAAGAUCGAUCUUUCCCGCGGGUAUUGGCAAAUCCCCAUAGAUGAACAAAGUAAGCCUAUCACCGCAUUCCAGACGAGCAAAGGAUUGAUGCAGUUUAAAGUUGUACCUUUCGGGUUAGUUAAUACAAGCGCGACGUUCAACCGCAUGAUGAGGAAAUUGUUUAACGAUGCCGCUAACGUAGAGAUGUUCGUCGAUGAUUUGUUAAUUCACACGAAAGGAUGGGAGGAACACAUUAAAACUUUGAUAAAAGUUCUUAACAUUCUGGCAAAUGCAUCGCUCACUGCUCGCCCGUCGAAAACUGAGAUUGGGUAUUUUACUAUAGAGUACUUAGGAAGCGAUGUGGGGGGUGGAGUGACGCAAACAACCGCGAAUAAGGUAAACAAGAUAAUGGAUAUGGCUAUUCCGAGAACUAAAAAGCAAAUCAGAUCUUUUCUUGGUUUGACAGGGUAUUACCGACAAUAUAUACCAGACUAUGCCACAAUUGCCGCGCCUCUUUAUGAACUAAUUAAAAAAUCUCAGCCUAAUAACGUAAGAUGGGAAAUUUGUCACCAAGAUGCGUUUGAAAAGCUGAAAGAGGCAUUAAGCACUCAUCCUAUUCUUAAACUCCCUGACAUGUCUAAGGACUUUGUGUUGCAAGUUGACGCUUCAGAAGUGGGAUUAGGUGCGGUGCUCAUGCAAUAUAAGGAUGGGAAGCGUUGGCCGGUACUUUACGCAAGUAAGAAAUUAAAGCGAGCCGAGAGAAAUUAUUCGGUAAUCGAGAAAGAGUGUUUAGCGGUAGUAUGGGCCGUAAGUAAAUUUUAUCAGUAUUUGUACGGUAAAGCUUUCGUGAUAGAAUCGGAUCAUCAGCCUCUGAAAUAUCUAAACACGGCGAAUCACUUAAAUGGAAGGUUGAUGCGAUGGUCUAUGUACAUGCAGCAAUUCAUUUACACCGUAAAGAACAUUUCGGGUCGCGAGAACGUAGGUGCAGAUUGUUUGAGCAGACUUUAA